AUGGCACAUGGAUUUCACUCGUUUUUGUAUGUUGGGGAAUUCAUGUUUUUUGGUCCAUACAAGGUCAAAUACGAGCAAAGAAGAAGGAAUGGAGAUAUCUUCUCAAUUUGGAACUAUGAUGGUAAAAUUGCAUUUGAAGACAUAAUCAAAGCAACAAAAGACUUUGGUAUGAGGUAUUGCAUUGGAACAGGUGCUUAUGGAAGUGUCUACAAAGCAAAACUUCCUAGUGGCAAAAGUGUGGCACUAAAGAAACUUCACAGAACAGAAUCUGAAAACCCAUUAUUUUACAAGUGUUUCAAAAACGAGGUCAAGAUCUUAAGUGAAAUACGCCACCGGAACAUCAUUAGACUUUACGGUUAUUGUUUGCACAAUAAGUGCAUGUUUUUGAUAUAUGAGUAUAUGGAAAAAGGAAGCCUGUUCUAUAACCUAGCCAUUGAUGAAGAAGCUCAAGAGUUGAAUUGGAACAAGAGAGUAAACAUCAUUAAAGGAACUGCAUUUGCUCUCACUCAUAUGCACCAUCAUUGUUCCCCACCCAUUGUCCAUCGAGAUGUAACUAGUUCUAAUGUUUUGUUGAGUUCAAAUUUAGAGGCUUGUCUAUCAGAUUUUGGUACAGCUAAACUACUUAAUCCUGAUUCAUCUAAUCAAACUCUACUAGUUGGCACUUGUGGAUAUGUUGCACCAGAGUUGGCUUAUAGCAUCAAUGUGACAACAAAAUGUGAUGUUUAUAGCUUCGGAGUGGUGACGUUGGAAACAAUAAUGGGGGAACAUCCUAAGGAACUGCUUUCCAAUAUGUCAAAACCAUCUGCUCCUAAGAUCAUGCUCAAAGAUAUAUUGGAUUCACGUAUCCCAUUGCCCUUUCGAAAAGACAUGUGGGAUAUUGUACUUGUUCUAACAUUAGCACUUGCAUGCUUGCAUCCCAACUCAAAAUCAAGACCUUCAAUGCAGGACAUAGCUAAAGAGCUUUUGUUUUCAAACUUGCCAUUGCUUUGGCAUUUUGAUGGUAUUUCAAUUCACCAACUUGUGAAUCAAGAAAUAUAUGCAAUAGGUAAAAAUUAG